AUGCAACUUAACCGAGUACAUUUUCGCGCCAUAAUUUAUUACAACUUUCAGAGACAAUUAUCGCAACAAGAAUGCCUUGCUGAGUUACUGUCUGUUUUCGGCAACGAAGCGCCACAUCAGUCGACAAUUUUUCGUUGGUAUGGAGAAUUCAAACGUGGACGGGUGAGUCUUAGUGACGAUCCCAGGGUGGGUGCACCAAAAACGGCAGUCAUCCAGGAAAACAUCAAUGCUGUGCGCAAACUCAUCAUUGAAGAUAGACAUGUGACAUAUCGCGAGAUUGAGGCGUCCUUGAAGAUCUCAAAGUCCUCAAUUCAAAAAAAUUUACAUGAAGAAUUAGGAGUAAGAAAAUUAGUUUCUCGUUGGAUACCCCACCUGUUGACUGAAGAGCAGAAAGCAGCCAGGGUUAAUUGGUGUCAAAAAACGCUUGACCGUUUCAAUUCCGGGAACUCAGAAAAUGUGUACAGCAUUGUUAAUAGUGAUAAAUCGUGGAUUUACUGUUAUGAACCAGAAAAUAAACGACAGACGGCUGUUUGGGUGUUCCAAGGUGAAGAAAACCCAACAAAAGUCAUCCGUUCUCGAAAUGUUUCGAAAAAGAUGGUGGCGACAUUUGUGUCAAGAGCGGGUCAUAUUGCAACAAUUCCUCUUAAUGAGCAAAUAACUGUUACUGCGAAUUGGUAUACCACCAUUUGUUUGCCAAAAGUCAUCACCGAGCUUCGAAAAAUCAACCCCGAAAGAAGAAUCAUCUUCCACCAAGACAAUGCAAGCUCGCACACAGCCCAAAAAACAAGGCAGUAUUUAACGGAAGAUAACGUGGAAUUAUUGGACCAUCCUCCAUAUAGUCCCGAUAUAAAAGAAGCAGUUGAGGCAUUCAAAAAUGCCGUUUUGGAUCUGCCAGCAAACGAGUGGAAUAAGUGCUUCGAAAAUUGGUUCGAGCGCAUGCAGAUGUGUAUUAAUAUUCGUGGAGAAUACUUCGAAAAACAAUAA